UCCAUUGUGAACACUAUCCUGUGUCCUACAUAACCCUGUGGUCAUUGGCAACAAUUUCUUUGUGCCACAAUAACCAGCUGUGGAAAUCUGCUUUUGGAGAUUUUUGCACCCCUGACUUUGCAGACAUUGGUUUUGUGGGAAGAAGAUUUGAGGAUGACAUGACUAACGCAGCUGAAAGUUUAGAUCCUGUUACCCCAUGGUCUGCUGGGGAGAGAGCUAGACUUGUCCUCUGCCAAAGUCCAUUAAUGCAGCUUAAUUCUCCAUAGCCAGUAGCAUCACAACGCUUUGGAGGGAAAUGUAUUGUACAAGAAGGAAGCGACUUCAGCUGAGCCGGGUCCUGUUUCUUCUCUCUGGGGUUUUUCUCUGUACCCUCUACCAGCUGACCAUCAGCGCCAGACUGUACAAGCCUUUGCCAAUGCCUCAGAUUGGAGAGGACUUUGGAGAAGGUUCAACAGGGGGGGUUGAGGAGGCUACAGUAGAGACUCGGGGGCUGGAGGAACCUCUCACUGCAACACGUGAAUUAGAGCCCACAGAUCAAACAACACCAGGGAUGCAUGGUGUACAUCAUUCAGAUACAACUUCAGAUUUUAAAGCAUCCACCCCCACUGAAUCUCCACCAUCACCAACUACAAACCGGACUAUUGUGCGUUGCAUCUACGUGGCCCCUGAGCCUCCACUGGAGACACCCACGCCCACACCAGCUCCUUCUGUGACCACCAUCACUCCAGCUUCUCCUGGUGAAGCUCCACAUAUAAAGGGUGAAUACCCUGAAGAUAUUUUCUCUAUUGAAGACCGUAGACAAGGCUGGGUGAUCCUCCACAUUUUUGGGAUGAUGUACAUGUUCAUUUCACUUGCAAUUGUGUGUGAUGAGUUCUUUGUUCCUGCACUGGGGGUAAUAACAGACAAGUUAGCCAUCUCUCAAGAUGUAGCAGGAGCCACCUUUAUGGCUGCUGGAGGUUCUGCUCCUGAGCUUUUCACCUCCUUGAUAGGAGUCUUCAUCGCUCACAGCAAUGUGGGUAUUGGCACAAUUGUUGGUUCAGCAGUUUUCAACAUUUUGUUUGUGAUUGGAAUGUGUGCUUUGUUUUCACGGGAGGUACUACAUCUAACCUGGUGGCCACUUUUCAGAGAUGUAUCCUUCUACAUACUUGGCCUAAUCUUACUCAUCAUCUUCUUCUUGGAUAAUGUCAUAAUGUGGUGGGAGAGCAUGAUGCUGGUGGCCUGUUACACUCUCUAUGUAAUUUUCAUGAAGUUCAACGUGCAAAUAGAGCGGACCAUUAAGACUCUACUGCUCAAAAACAAGAACAUUGUCAGAAUUAUUGCUGUGGAAAACCCUGAAAAGGCAAAUGGGGACCCUGAAUAUAAUGUCCAUCCUGCUCCAGAGAACAAGAGUCAGUUAAAGUUGAAGCCAUCCCUUCAGCGAGGGGGAAGCUCAGCUUCUUUGCAUAACAGCACCAUGAGAAACACCAUCUUCCAACUUAUGAUCCACACAUUAGAUCCUGUAGGAGAGGAUGGUAGAGGAAAAACUGAGCCGACCAAAGAGCCAGAGGCUGCCCCAGCCCCAGCAACGGAGAAGAAGGAUCAACCAGAGGACAAUAAGGAGGAUUUGCCAGCAGGAGAUGAUGGGUCAGGAGGCUCUGACAGUGAUGAAGAUGACAGCAAUGAAGACAGCGAUGAGUCCAGUGAAGAAGAAAAUGAUGAUGAGGAGGAAGAUGAAGAUGAGGGGAAGAAAAAAGAAGAGGAGAAAGAAGAUGAACCUCUGUCUUUAGAUUGGCCUGACACACCAUGUAAACAAGCCACCUACCUCUUCCUGCUACCCAUAAUCUUCCCUCUGUGGCUCACAGUUCCAGAUGUACGCAACAAGAAAUCGAGAAAAUUCUUUGCGGUCACCUUCCUGGGCUCUAUUCUGUGGAUUGCUAUCUUCUCCUACCUCAUGGUGUGGUGGGCCCAUCAGGUGGGUGAGACCAUCGGCAUCUCAGAGGAGAUUAUGGGCCUUACUAUCCUGGCUGCAGGGACAUCCAUCCCUGACCUUAUUACCAGUGUGAUAGUAGCACGUAAAGGCCUGGGGGACAUGGCUGUGUCCAGCUCAGUGGGCAGUAACAUCUUUGACAUCACAGUGGGUCUUCCAGUGCCAUGGCUCCUGUACUCAUCCUUCAACGGUUUUGCUCCAGUGGCCGUCAGCAGCAACGGGCUCUUCUGUACCAUCGUGCUGCUCUUUAUCAUGCUCCUCUUUACCAUCAUCUCCAUUGCAUCCUGUAAGUGGAAGAUGAAUAAGUUGCUGGGUUCCACAAUGUUCCUGCUCUACUUUAUUUUCCUGGUGCUUAGCGUGAUGCUGGAGGAUCGCAUCAUUAUCUGCCCAGUUUCCAGUAUAUGAAUGUGUGAGCAGAAGCUACAGCAGGCAUUCUCUUCACUUCACAGAAGCACAACUGUUUUAUACAUACAUGUACAGAUAACAUGUGCAUAGGUCUGGAUAUCUGUAGAAACUGUGCAGAAGGCUAGUUGCUCCGCAUUGCUGCCAGUAAAAUGUGUCCAGUAUGUCAGCAACAAUACACAUUACAUUUUCUAGAACUUGUUACACACUCACUUUAAGUAACAAUGGCAGCUUUUACAUACAUUUUUAAUACAAAAAGACGCAGAACUAUUGACUAAUAUAGUGUAGCUAAGUGUAUAAGCACGAACACACAUUUUUAUUAUUAUUAAUAAUAAUAAUAAUAAUUAAUAAUAAUAAUUUUUUUUAAAUAUUUUUUCACUGUUUACAAUACAGCGUCUACAGAAUGUAACUAGAAAUCUAGAAUGUGUGCACAUUUUGGAAAAUGUAUGUGGUUUCUAAAUGUGAAUUUGUGUAAUAUUUAAGUACACACAACAUUAACAUUAAAGAGAACCUGAGCAUUCUUGAACUCACUGUUCUUUCAUGCAUAUCAGUUUUUAUAAAAAGGUCAGGCAUAGCAAUAGCACUUUGGAAAUAAUCAAACUUGACUUCCUUAGAAUAAAUGUGUUUAUUCAUAAAUGAAAGCAAACCAUAGAUCCAGCCAAAGAAGACAUUUGAUUUCUUUUUUAUAUAAAAAUCAUACAAAUUAGUAUCUGUGUUACAAAUGAAAAAUAAUACUUCAUAAACAUUGUUUAAAUUGACAAAUUGUGUAAACAACAUGUAAACAUCAAAUGUUUUGGUCAUCAGUGUUUGUUUGUUUUCGUCCCAACUUACAAGGUGAUUAAAAUGCAAAUUUA